CAUAAUAUCUAUGGUAUCGUAAUUGAUUAUUUUUUAUUGAAUAGAUAAUAGUUUUAUUGAGAAUCUAUAUUAAAGAGAAUAUGAUCGUUAAGUAAACAGAAAUGUAGAAGAACGAUAUUUGGUGGGUAAGAUCAUGCGAAGAGGAUUAAUGUGCAUAUAGAUACUCGAUACUUGUAAGAAAAAGUCAUCGUUAUAUAUUUGGAUAGACCGACAAGCGUAUUUGGCAAACGUUAUAUGUAUAUCGUAUUUACAUAGAUUGUAAUAUUCGAGUGACCUUGUUAAAAUAUUUGUUAUUGCCGGUAAAAAACUGUCACGGUGGGUACACCGUGGGUGAAGAGAGAGAAAAAAAAAGAAAAAAAAAAAAAAAAAAAAAAAGAAAAAAAAAAUAAUAUAGGGAUAGAGAGUGGCAGCACAUAGAAAUGCCGAUUUGCGGGCGUGUGACAUUUCGAUAUUAGAAAAAGUUACUUUGGAAUUAUAUUUCGUUAUGUCCAUUAAAUACAUCGACUCGGUAUACGAGUAUUUCGGAUAAAUGGAAACUACGGAAUGUAAUUCAAUCUAAUCCGUGAAAAAUAUAGAUCGUUGUGAGAUGCGUGCAUCUACUCGUAUAUAGGUUAUAGAGACAUCGUAACGACAUCGAAACCUUCGCACGACGAAAAUGAUGUAACGUCAUUUCUAAAGAUUUAUUUCGUUAUCAUAAAAUAUUCAAAAGAAUUAGUGACUGCGUUCAUCUAUUAUCAAUAAAAUGCUUAUGUUAUUACGAUUGUAAUAAACGAUAGAGAAUUGUUAUUAUCACAUGUCCAUUGACUGUUUUCGAAGGCACUGCUUUUGAAAAGAAAAGGAAAGAGAGGGAGAGAGAGAGAGAGAAAAAAAAUCUUUUCAACGAUUUGACUAACUCUCAGAUAUAUAAUAAGAGUGUGUAAACGUUUUCGUAAUGCCCUACGAACAAUUUUAUGUGUCUCUGAAUGUUUAUGAUAUUUAGUGGAAAAAAAUGGAUGCUGCAGUGAUAGAAGUUCUCCAGCAGGCAGGUAGUCAAGAUCCUAAUGUUUUAAAACCAGCAGAGCAAACUUUAAAGGAAUGGGAAACUCAGAGAGGAUUUUACACUGCUCUAUAUAAUGUAUUUUCAAAUCAUUCCUUGGCUGUUAAUAUUAGAUGGAUGGCUGUUUUGUACUUUAAAAAUGGCGUCGAUAAAUAUUGGAGAAAAAAUGCACCGAAUGGAAUAGAAGAAGAUGAGAAAGAAUUUCUACGUCAACGUUUAAUAAGUAAUUUUGAAGAACCUGUAAAUCAAUUAGCACUUCAAUUAGCAGUUCUCAUUGCUAAGAUAGCAAGAUAUGAUUGUCCCAGAGAAUGGGACGUAUUAAUUCCAACACUUUUGGAAGUAAUAAGAGGUCAAAAUUCUAUAGCACAGCAUCGAGCGCUUCUUACAAUGCAUCAUGUUGUCAAAGCUUUAGCUUCAAAACGUUUAUCAGGAGAUGUAAGACUCUUUGAAAACUUAACCCACAAUGUGGUCACUUUUAUUCUUAAUACAUGGAAUACAUACACUGAAUCAUUUCUUAUAAUGGCAUCGAAUGGAGUAGAUGCAAAUCAGAUACAAGAACCCUUAGAGAAAGCAUUAUUGUUAUUAAAAAUACUUCGUAAACUUAUUGUCUAUGGAUUUCAUAAGCCAUCUCUCUCUGAAAAUGUCAUGCGAUUUUUAGAAGUAAUAUUUGAACGAGCUCAUACAUGUCUCGAAUGGCGUAAAACAUUAGUUUCGAAAGGUAUACAAAUGGAGGUUUGUGAUAAAUUCAUAAUUCAUUUAACCAAAGUGUUAUUAGAAGUAUUAGAAAUGCAUCCACUUUGUUAUGUUGAAUUAAUACCAACAUCUUUAGAAUUCUCAGUUUUUUAUUGUUUCACGGAAGCUGGUCAAGCAUUAGCCUUUGAAAGAUUUAUCAUACAAUGUUUAAAUUUAAUGAAAAGUAUUUUAUUAUCAGUUUGGUAUAGACCGGCAAAAGGAAUUGGAGAAUCUAAAGAUCCAUUGACAGUGAGAGCCUAUCAAUUAAGGCAGGAAUUUUUUACGCAUCAAACUUUAACCGAAAUUUGUUCGAGACUUGUCACUCAUUACUUCCUUCUAACACCUGCAGACUUGGAAUUGUGGGAUACUGAUCCUGAAAACUUAGCUGUGGAUGAUGGAGGUGAACCAUGGAAGUAUAAUUUAAGAGCUUGUACUCAACUUGUAUUCUUGGCUAUUUUUCAUCAAUUUAAAGAUGUUCUUGCAUCAGUACUGGUUGACUUGAUACAAAAACAUCAUCAACCUGUUGAACCCAGUGAUCUACAUGCAAUUCUAUUAAAAGAUGCUGUUUAUAAUGCAGUUGGCUUAGCAGCUUUUGACUUAUAUGACGAAGUAAAUUUUGAUCAAUGGUUUUCAACGACAUUAAAGGAAGAAUUAAAAGUUAAAAGUAAUAAUUAUAGAAUUAUUAGAAGACGUGUAUGUUGGCUUAUUGGUCGAUGGGCAGGUGUAAAAUUAAGUACUAAGUUGAGACCAGAAUUUUACCAACUUAUGAUAGAAGCUUUGAGCCCGGAAGAAGAUUUGGGCGUUCGUUUGGCAGCUAUUGAUGCUUUAAAACUUGCAAUAGAUGACUUUCAAUUUCAUACAGCAGAAUUUACACCUUAUUUGGAAUCUACAUUUUCCUUGUUAUUCACUUUGCUAAAAGAAGUUACCGAAUCUGAUACCAAAAUGCACGUUCUAUUUGUAUUAUCAUGUAUGAUUGAGCGUGUGGGAUAUGAUAUAAAACCAUACGUCGGUGCUCUGACUUCAUAUUUAUCAACGCUAUGGCAACAAUCUGAAAAUCAUCAUAUGUUAAGGUGUGCUAUAGUAACGACCCUGGUUCAUUUGGAAAAGUCGAUAGGUUCGGACAGUAGUAUCUUGCAACCAUUGGUAGUACGUGUCGUAGAUUUAAGCUGUGACGUAACACAAGAAGGACAUGUUUAUUUGUUAGAAGAUGGUUUAGAAUUAUGGUUAGCUCUUUUGGAGAAUGCGUCAGAACCAACACCAGAAAUAAUGGAUCUUUUCCGAAAUAUGCCUCCUUUAUUAGAAUCAUCAACAGACAAUUUGAGAUUAUGUUUGUACAUACUUCAAGCAUAUGUAUUAUUGAGUCCUCAAGAAUUUCUAUGUCAAAGGGGAACUGUAAUAAUCGAAACAUUGAGAUCACUUUUAGGAGAUUUACGUUGUGAAGGUAUUGUUGUGGCAAUGAGAUUAUUUGAAACAUGUCUUCGAGUUUCUCCCGAGCAAGGUGCAGAAUUGAUCAGACCUCUUUUAAUGAAAAUAUUCGAAAGCGUUUAUAAAGGUGAAGAAUAUCCAAUGGUUAUGACUAUGUGCUUGUCUAUCGUCGCAAGAGUUUUACUUUGUUGUAAAAAUAUUUUUGCGCAGGUAAUCGGUGAAUUAUCAAGAAACAUAGGGGGUGAUGAAACGAACGAGGAAGCUGUACUAGGACAAAUAGUACACAUUUGGGUUAGCCGAAUGCCUCUCGUUACUCAACCAGAAAGACGCAAAUUAUUAGCUCUUGCACUUUGUUCACUUCUUGAAGCUAACAGUCCACCAAGCGUCCUUCAACACUUUCCAUCUAUUAUAUCUAAUAUAGUCGAAACUCUUAACGAUAUAACGAAAUACGACGAUGCGGGAUGUCCUAUAGAUUCUUUGAUGAUAAGCGAUCCGCCUAGUCCGUCUCAAUAUGAUGAUGUAGAUUAUGACACUCUACAUGGACAAAGAAGAAAGAAACUUGCUUUGAGCGAUCCAGUUCAUAAUCUAUCCUUAAACAAUACACUCCAUAAUCAAUUUAUUAAAUUACGAAGAACGGUAGGGAAUGAUCAAUUCGAUCAUCUGUUAAAUAGCCUUAAUCCUGAUGUCAACGAGGAACUUAAUUUAUGCCUUGGAAUGCAGGAUAUAGCACUAUGAACGAAAAACAAAAUAAAACAAGAAAAAAGAAAAUAGGAAAUAGAAAUAAAAAUGUGGUCGACGAAAAUAAAAGAUUAUUCUCUCAAAUGCUACAUAUACAUGAAAACAUGUAAAAAAAAAGCUUUACGAUGCUCUACUGUAAAACGGCACUAUUUUACUGUAUGAUACUACCUGUUUCACUGUAUUAAUAAUGUUGAUAAUAAAAGGACCUAUGUCGCCACUGGAAAAAA